AGUCUUGGAACAGAGACAGUCAGGAUGUCUAAGAGAAAAAUCUUAUUUUGGAAGCCCCCACAGCUGGAUUUGCAAGGUGCAAAGGAAAUUAUAGAAAUGUCCGAGAAGGAAAGCAGAGCAAAGAAAGGAAAGCAGAAGAAAGAGGGAAUAUGUGGCACCCACUAUCCUCUCAGCAUCGCUUUCAUUGUAGUGAAUGAAUUUUGUGAGCGUUUCUCCUACUAUGGAAUGAAAGCUGUCCUAACUUUGUAUUUUCUCUACUUCCUGCAUUGGGAUGAAACAACUUCUACAUCUGUAUACCAUGCUUUCUCAAGUCUGUGUUACUUCACACCAGUCAUUGGUGCCUUCAUUGCUGACUCCUGGCUGGGAAAAUACAAAACAAUCAUUUAUCUCUCCAUUGUUUACGUUAUUGGGCAUGUGAUCAAAUCAGUGGGGGCAAUACCAAGUGUGGGAAACCAGAUUGCUCAUGUGGUUUUGUCAAACGGCCUCUCUCUGAUUGCUCUUGGAACGGGAGGAAUCAAACCCUGUGUGGCAGCAUUCGGUGGAGACCAGUUUGAAGAAAAACAUGUCCAGGAAAGAAACAAGUUCUUCUCUGUUUUCUAUCUUGCCAUCAAUGCAGGAAGCUUGAUCUCCACUUUCAUUACUCCUGUGCUAAGAGGGGGUGUGCAAUGCUUUGGAGGGGACUGCUACGCUCUGGCUUUCGGGGUUCCCGCUGCUUUAAUGAUCGUAGCUCUUGUUGUGUUUAUCACUGGAAACAAACUUUACAAAAAGACCCCACCGCAAGGAAAUAUCUUAUUGAAAGUUUGCAAGUGCAUUGUAUUUGCUUUGAGAAACCGGAUCAGAAAUCGUUCACCAGAGAUACCCAAAAGAGAACAUUGGCUAGACUGGGCAUCAGAAAAAUAUCCUAACCAGUUGAUCACUGAAGUAAAAAUGGUGACACGGGUCCUUUUCCUCUUUCUCCCAUUACCAAUGUUCUGGGCACUCUUUGAUCAACAGGGUUCCAGGUGGACUGUACAAGCAACUAAAAUGAAUGCUGACUUUGAAGGAUUUGUCCUUCAACCUGACCAAAUGCAGUUCUUAAAUCCUCUCUUGAUCCUUGUCUUCAUUCCUGUCUUUGAUUUUGGAUUAUAUCCCUUGGUAAACCUGUGCAGACUUAAUUUCACGCCCAUUAAAAAGAUGGCAACUGGCAUGAUCCUGGCCAGUCUGGCAUUUGCAGCUGCAGCUAUUGUGGAACUCAAGAUAGAGGAAAAUGCUAUGCCUAUUCCAGUUCCCAAAGAAAGCUACAUUCAGGUCCUGAAUUUAGCAGACAGCGAUGUUGAACUGACCAUUGAGGGAUAUGACUUGUUCCGGCAGCCAAUUAAACCUUUUCAGGACCCUGCUGAAUACUCCAGAUUAAUUCUCAAUAGCGAUCAACAACUUCUUCAUUUUAAGAUACAGCACCAAGGAUUAUCCUCCACAUUUAAUCAAUUCAUCAAUGAAAAGUCAGUGAACAGCUUAAUUAUCUACAAGAGUGGAGGAAACCUAACAAUCAAUAUAAUUGAGGACAUGCAGAAAAAGCCAUCAGAAGGAAUGGCAGCAGUGAGGUUCAUUAAUACCUUGGAAUGGGAUGUUGGCAUCACGCUUGAUGAGGAGGAGUUCACCACUGUUAACAAAAGUUAUGGUGUUUCAGAUUACAGGAUCCUGCCAAGGGGAAGGUACAACAAUGCAAAUUUCCAAAUGAGAGCAGAAAUAUCUGCCCUGAAGCUUGGCCUUCUAGAUUUUGGAGCUUCAUACACAGUUGUCCUAACACAAACUUCUACAGAGACACUCCAAGCAUGGAAGAUAGAAGAUAUUCCAGCUAACAAUGUCCAUAUUUCAUGGCAGAUUCCACAGUAUCUGUUAAUAUCAGCUGGGGAAGUGAUGUUCUCCAUUACAGGCCUUGCUUUUUCUUACUCCCAGGCUCCUGUUAGUAUGAAAUCUGUGCUGCAAGCUGGAUGGUUGUUAACUGUGGCCUUUGGAAAUAUUAUUGUGCUCAUUGUUGCCCAAUCUGCACCUCUGGUACAGUGGGCUGAAUUUAUCCUUUUUGCCAUGCUCCUUUUUAUCGUCUUUGUUAUUUUCUCCAUCAUGGGAUAUUUCUACAUUAGCACAGAUCCAGAAGAACUUGCUGAUAAAGGGAAUGAACAUGAAACAUCAAGCAAUAAAAACAUGAUUGGCCUUGUUACCAGGAAAACAGAGCUAUAAAGGGGCUGCAAACACUGGAGUUAAGUCUGAGAGGCUUUUUAAAAAUAAGAUAGUGAUUUGACAGAUUUCUUUCUGAUGUUAUGAUCUCAUCGGAUAUAUUCAGAGGGAAUGAACAAACUAAAUUAUUGUUCCCCUGCAUGUCAGCUGAAUAAAUGUAUCCAAAUUCC